GGAAGAGCACUGUUUGCUGCAUCGAGAGUGUGGAAAACAAUCCCGUGAGAGCUGACGGGACCCAUUUGAUCCAUUAUGUGCCGACUACUAGUGGCGACUUCUCUCUCAUCGUUCAGGCAGUGGAAGCUGGUGGAUUGUUAGCAGAGAUGUGGGACAAUGCGUUUUUCAAUGGGGAGCCGAUGAGUAGCGAGC